GCUAUAACAGUGUUAGUAAUACAAUAGAAAAAGUAACAUGAGUUUGAUAUUUUGUAUUUACAUUUUUAUAUUCUUAAAUGCAGUGUCAUGCAGUAGACAUUUUCAAAGAGCUAUACAAUAUACGCUUCAGAAUGACUGUGCUAAUUUCGUUAAUGAUACUUUGAGAGAAGAAAUUCAAUCGUAUAAAAAUAUCGUCGAUGAUAUAAUGUACGAAAUCACAUCGAAUCCACUGAGAGACAGAUUUUACAACCAGUAUACUGAAUUCAUUGACAAAUUUGGUGCUCGUCCUUCCGGCACUGAUGUAUUGGAACAGUCUAUAGACUAUAUGGUCAAUCUAACCAUUGGAGCAGGAAUUAAAGAUGUGACAACCGAAGAACUAGAGGUGCCGCAUUGGGUACGAGGCUUUGAAUCGGUGCAAAUGCUUGAACCUCGUAUAAAGAAAAUUGCAGUUCUUGGCCUUGGUCCAAGUGUAUCCACACCAAGUGAAGGUAUCACUGCUGACUUAAUAGUAGUAAGCAGUUUUAAUGACCUUGAUAAAUUAUCGGAGGAGGAUGUUAAAGGAAAGAUUGUUUUGUUUGACGAGGUUUACACAAAUUAUGGAGAAACAGUCAUAUAUAGAGUCGAGUCGGCAUCUAGAGCAGCCAAAAACGGAGCUGUUGCGUCACUCAUAAGAAGUGUUACGCCAUUCUCUUUAUAUACUCCUCAUACUGGAUACCAACACUAUGAAAAAGAUGUACCAAAAAUACCGACUGCAGCCAUUACCGUUGAAGAUGCUGCUUUAUUAAGAAGAUUAUAUGAGAAAAAGGAGAAAAUUGUUCUAAACAUUAAAAUGUUUAGUACUUAUGAUAGAAAAAAGUCUCGAAACACAAUUAUAGAUUUCAAAGGAAGCAAAUAUCCUGAUAAGUAUGUCAUUGUAUCCGGACAUAUUGACAGUUGGGACGUCGGUCAGGGUGCAAUGGACGACGGUGGUGGUAUGAUGAUAAGUUGGUUUGUCCCCGUGGUGUUGAAACAUUUCCAAAUCCGACCGAAACGAACUCUUCGAGCUAUUUUGUGGACUUCAGAAGAAGCGGGGUUAGUUGGUGCUCAAGCAUAUUUAAAACGUCAUUUAGACGAACUAGACAAAAUUAAUUUUAUAAUGGAAUCUGACGAAGGUACGUUUAAGCCUCUUGGCUUAGACGUGGGCGGCUCAAAGACAGCACAAUGUAUAAUAGCUGAAAUAUUAAAACUGUUUCCAACGAUAGACAAAAUGACGGAGAGUGAGAGCCCUGGCUCGGAUAUUAUACUUUUUAUCAAGAAAGGAAUCCCUGGGGCGUCGUUAUUAAACGAAAAUGAUAAAUACUUCUGGUUCCACCACACAGAGGCGGAUACGAUGGAGGUUCAGAAAAUGGAGGAUGUCGUUAAAUGUGCCGCUUUUUGGACAGCUAUAUCUUAUGUUAUUGCUGACUUAUCGGUUGAUAUCCCUCGACAGUAAUAGAAAUCUUUACACACGCUUAAAAAAAGACACAUAUCGUAUAGAAAAUCAUACAUUUAUUUUAUAAGGUUGCUUAUUAUCUAAAUCCUUGAAGAAAAAACCUUUUAUAUUUUCUGAAUUUAUAAUUAUAUGACCUUUACUAGUGCAUAAAGCUAUUAAAAAAUAGAAUUCGGUCUACUAAAUUGUUAGAAAAUCAAGAUGUCGGAAACAAUACAAACUUUGGAAGUGAAAGCAUUGUUCUUGGCAAGUCGUUGAAUCUAGGAAAAUGAAUGUAUUGCAAAAGCUUUCAGCAUUCCAAUUGAUUUCCAGAAUGUGCAGGAAUGAAAGUUCCCAAGAAAUUUAACUUCGUAAUGUUCAAGAAUGGGCUUUUAUUUGGAAAUUUCCUAAGCUUUUAGGUUCAUAGAAUUAAAGUCCAUAAAUGAAUUAUGAUAUAAUUGUAAUUCAUAAGAUGUUGAUGUUAUUAAAUAACAUUAUAAAAUUA